UCCCCUGUACCAGCUUGGUAAUCCUCAAAUAAGGAUUUUCCGGACCGAUUACUUUUUGACAUUGGUGAGGCCUGGUGUUCCUCAGCCAGAAGACACAGUACAAUUUCGCAUCCCAAUGGAAAUGACUCGACUGGAAUUAAAAGAUUACCUUGAAAACAUCUACAAAGUGCCUGUGGCUGCUAUAAGAACCAGGAUACAGCAUGGUUCCCAGAAGCAGAGGGACCACAGAAACAGACGUAUCAAGAAGCCAGAUUACAAGGUUGCAUAUGUACAGUUGGGCUCAGGACAAACUUUUCAGUUUCCCGACUUGUUUCCGGAGAAAGCACAAACCACUGAGCCUGGUUCUUUUGAGGAAAUCCAGAAGAAAUUCAUGGAGAAUGAGUUACAGAGGCAGAAAGAUGACCCCAAGCGAUCAGGAGUUCCUGCAUGGUUUGGACUUUGAUGAACUCAACCUGCUGUUUUUCCUUUAGGUAGCUGAUGGAACUGCAACCAAUACUCAUCUUCAUAUUUUUUUUGCUUUUUUUUUAAAGACAAUUUGUAAAUACCUUGCUAGUACUGUCUUAAUGCAAGAGAUUUAUUAAAAGAACAGAAGGGAAACAAA